UUCACCCAACUGAUGAAGAACUCAUCGAGUAUCUUCAUAUCAAAACCUUCGACCAUGAUUCUCUCGUCCAAGUUAUUGCUGAAAUACAAGACAUCUGCGAGUUGGAGCCUUGGGAAUUACCUGGGUGCUCAAACUUGCAGACAGGAGAUCGAUCAUGGUACUUCAUGUACCCACCUAAAUACAAGUACCGAAACAGUAAACUGAUUAGCCAGACCACCCUGGAGGGGUAUUGGAAGCCUACAGGCAAUGCUCGUAAGAUAAUUAAUUCCGAAACAGGAUCAGAGAUAGGCAGCAAGAAGACUUUGGUUUUCUAUAGAGGCCAAUGUAACAAUAAGAAACAAGACUUUUUGGGUCAUGCAUGAGUAUGAACUCAAGGCUACAAUUGAGUCUGGUCAAGACAUCCUAGACCCUAACAGGUCGGAAGCAUCUAAAGACCAUGACAGUGCUCAUAACCUUUGCAGCGCUGUUGAGAUAUAUGGUGGAGGAAGAAGAAGCAAUCAACAUAACACGGUUAAUGAAGAUGAAGGCUCUAAUGUUUCAUCUAAUUUCAUAAAUCAUGUUGCAGAGUAUACAAUUCUGAAAGUUCCUUUACACCUUAAAGAGUUGUCAACGGAUCAAAAUGAACCAAAAGACGAUAAUAGGGUUCGAGAUCCAUAUAACACCAUCGAACAAGAUGAUGAGUCUUGCAAUUCAAUUCUCACUAACUAUGAUGAAACUAUCACUAAAGAAAGAAGCAAUCAAUAUGAUAUAGUUGAUGCAGCCAAUGGCUUUGAAAUGCCUUCUAACAAAAGCAACAAUCAACAUGAUAUAGUUAUUGCAGCCAAGGGCUUAGAAAGGCCUUCUAACGAAAUCAGCAAUCAACAUAAUAUAGUUAUUGCAGCCGAGGGCUUUGAAAUGCCUUCUAAUGAAAGCAGCAAUCAACAUAAUAUAGUUAUUGCAGACAAGAGCUUCGAAAUGCCUUCUAAUGAAAGCAGCAAUCAACAUAAUAUAGUUGUUGCAGUCGAGGGCUUCGAAAUGUCGUCUAAUGAAAGCAGCAAUCAACAUAAUAUAGCUAUUGCAGCCGAGGGCUUUGAAGGGCCUUCUAACUUAGAGUAUCUUGCCGAAGAGGACAUUAUUCCAACAGAACUGUUAUAUAAUGAUGGAUUAUAUAACAUAUUAUCAUCGCUUGAUGUGUUAUUAGAAGCGCCAGGAGCAACUAAUAACUCGAAUUGGAUUCAAGAUCAAUAUAUCGCCAACAAAGAACAUGGUGAGUUCUUGAAUUCAACUUUUUCUGAUAAAAAUGAAGCUUACCUUCAAGAAGGAAACAUGCAACAAUGCUUGGCAGCUGACAAUGAAGGUUUCGGCUUGCCCUGCAUAGCCUCGAUGACGGAAUCAUCAAAUUGGAUGGAGAAAUCUGGGAAAAGAAAAGAGCGCGUCGAAUAUGAUGAGCUGUCUAUAGAAACUGUCGAGGCUCAACGUCGGGGAGAAUACCCUUUAUUAAUCAGAUAAGACCUAGAGAUU